UUAUGAUAUGAAUAAGCUGUUUAUGCCCUCUAGUGUAUGAGCCCACACUAGAUAUCUAAAGUGUGCCAUUAGUAGGUGAAUUCACAGGCUUUUGCAAUAUGGAGCAACAGACUACCUUAUAAAUUAUAAAGUUUUAAAUCAAAACGUUUGUUCUGAUUUAUUUUUUAUUGGAGUUGCAGAAAAUGUGUAACUGAGUCAAUUUUACAUAGGACGGACGAUAUAGUUUUCUUUAAAAAGACAUUUCUCCUUGAUGUAGCAACUGAGCCACCAGAUGGCGACUACACUGUUUGCCCUUCCCAUAAAAGUAUGCAGAGGUGUUUUAUGCUUGUUGUCGCCACUAGUAAAGGUGGACUCACCUGUUGCGUGUGACUAUAUUCAAGUAGCAAGAGCUUCUUCAUCGGGACAGUUUUAUUCAUGAGUUAUCAUGUCGCUUCGAAUGCGACCUACAUGUAUUCUCACUGUGAUAUGUUCAUUUCCUCUUCUGAUGAUGGGACCUGGAUGCGCAGCGCGGUACACAGCCAACUGGACCAGUCUGGAUGCCAGACCCCUUCCCCGGUGGUUCGACGAAGCUAAAAUCGGGGUUUUCGUUCACUGGGGGGUAUUCUCGGUCCCUGGCUUUGGUCAGUAUAGUGAGUGGUUCUGGUACUGGUGGCAGUCCAAAAAACGAGCAGAAGAAGUCGAGUUCAUGCAGAAAAACUAUCCGCCGGGCUUUAAAUACACGGAUUUUGCGCCCGAGUUUCGCGCAGAAUUUUUUGACCCGGAAAACUGGGCAGAUAUUUUCCAAGACUCUGGAGCCAGGUAUGUGGUAUUCACGUCCAAACACCAUGAAGGUUUCACAAACUGGCCCUCGGCAGACUCAUGGAACUGGAACUCAGGGGAUGUGGGUCCUCACCGGGACCUGGUGGGAGAACUGGCUGCAGCUGUCAGGAAGAGGUCAUUGCGUUUUGGUCUCUACCACUCGCUAUAUGAAUGGUACCACCCGCUUUUCUUGUUGGAUCAAGCCUCCGGAUUCAAGACUCAGAAUUUUGUUGCCCGUAAGACUCUUCCAGAGUUAGUGAACCUUGUGAUGACAUACAAACCGGAUCUUAUCUGGUCUGAUGGGGACUGGGAGGCACCGGAUACCUACUGGAACUCCAUCCAGUUCCUGGCCUGGCUCUACAAUGACAGCCCAGUCAAGGAUGUGGUGGUUACCAAUGACAGGUGGGGUAAGGGCUGCUACUGCAAACACGGAGGCUACUACAACUGUGCUGACAGGUACACACCAGGUAAACUUCCACACCACAAAUGGGAGAAAUGCCAGUCCAUUGACACCCGUUCCUGGGGCUACCGGAGAGACAUGCAGCUCAGCGAACUCAUGGACCUGCCGUCCAUCAUAAAGGACAUGGUGUAUGUGGUGGCAAUGGGAGGAAACUACCUGCUGAAUAUCGGGCCAAUGGCAGAUGGUAUGAUUGCUCCAGUGUUUGAGGAGAGGCUGAGGGGACUCGGUGCCUGGUUGGGGAUCAAUGGGGAGGCCAUCUAUGCUUCCAAACCCUGGAGAGUCCAGACAGAGAACAGCACAGUCCAAGUCUGGUAUACUGCCAAAAAUAGUACAGUUAAUGCCAUUAUCCUUGGUUGGCCACCUAAACAAACACUUCAACUCACAACACCCAGGACAUCUAAGGCCACGAGAGUAACACUUUUGGACUAUCCUGAUGUACCACUGAAGUGGGCUCCAGUGACACAAACAACUGGGCUGAUGGUCAUCUUGCCUACUAUGCCAGUAUCACCUGGAAAUGCCUGGACACUGAAACUGGAGGGAGUAGCCUAACACUAGACAGUCAUAACAAAAUAAGGACAGUAGUUUUAGGUCAAUGAGCAUGACUGUUACACUGAUCUCUGAUAAAAUAUAUACUUGAUGUAUGUGUGUUGAAUUGUAAAUGAAGUUAACAAUAAGGUUUUAAUGCCAGGGUCAAAAAAUGAUUUGAUAUGCUGUCAGAGCUCACAGAAAGAUCAGCAUUUCAUGGCUGACCACAUUCCCUCAGGUAAUUUACUGCAAGGAUAAAAGCUGGGUUCCAUUGUUAGCCAUGUAAUAUUAGCUGUCUCAGGAUACUGUUGACAUUCAUGUAAUCUCAAUAAUUUUCUUAACUUUCUAUAACAUUUCUCAAAAAACUGAAAAAGUUUUUCAAUGAAUAUCUUGCCUCAAUCACAGUGGAAAAGCCUUACAUGUAUAGUCAUAUUUGUAGUCAUUUUUGUUAGCCCAAGUUUCAUAUAAGGUUUUAUAAAAAUAAAUCACAUGUACGUCAACAGUUGCAUGUUGAUGGUGA